AUGUCAUCUGGAACACAGAAGCAGUGGACAGUUCGCGGCAAAGGCGGCUGGCAGGACCUAGUCCUUGAUGACCAAGCAGCCAUUCCUGAGAUUGGUGACAAGGAUGUUCUGGUAAAGUUUUCUGCAGCCUCCCUGAACUAUAGAGACCUCGCCAUCUCUCAAGGCAAGUAUCCAUGGCCCACGAAGGACGGAGUAGUACCAUUAUCCGACGGAGCCGGCGUCGUUGAGUCUGUCGGCAAGCACGUCCACCGCUUUCGAAAAGGCGACAAAGUCAUCACGCUAUUCAAUCAAGGACAUCUUGCGGGAAGUCUAGAUGCCUACUCGAUGACCACGGGCGUGGGUGGCACAGUAGACGGUGCACUUCGCCAGUAUGGUGCCUUCGACGAGAAUGGUCUGGUCCAUAUGCCAAGCAAUCUCAACUUUCUCGAGGGCGCCAGUCUGAGCUGUGCGGCUUUGACAGCAUGGAACGCUCUGUUCGGGCUCAAGAGGCUGACGCCUGGUGAUUGA